AUUUUAAUUUUGGCUCUGGGUUAGAAAUCAUUUACUGUAUGUCUGUACCUGUAUCUCCCUCCCCAAAAUUAAAACUCAAUACGGAGUACUAAUUUUAUAAUUUCUUUCUCUCCUCACACUCCAUUUCUGGCAAAGCGCAUCUCCUCUGCAUCUCCUUCUUCCUCCUCACAUCUUGUUGUUGUAGUUGAAUCUCUAGUCGGUGGCGCCGCAGCCGACCACUUCUCCUCUGCUGCUGCUGCUAUUCUCGGUUUAUUUUUGUUGUGAAAUUCGCAUUCUUUUGGGUAUGAUUCGAUUGCUAAAUAUAUUCUGCUGCUAUUCUAGGUAAUUAGGAUUACUGAUUCGAUUUGGAGUUUCAAAUUGUUAAAUAUAUGCCGCUGGUUUUGUUUUGGUGUUGUUUUAUGUCUAAUUAGCCUAUACGCACUUCAUAGUUCUGCUUUAAAUUGGUAUUAUCUUUUUUGACGUGAUUCGAUUUUUUUGACAAUCACCGUUCAUCUCCUUGGGACCAGGGCAGGUGCCCCUCCUGCCCUGCCUCAGGGACGGGCAUGCUGAUGGAUGUGGUAUACAUGUUUUUACAAAAAGCUUCUGAUUUGCAGAGUUUCUCACUAGUUACUAUGAUGGAUCACCUGUAAAUUGUGGGCUAUGAUGCGCUCUAGGUAGAUGUGCUCUAAAAAUUGCUGCCUGGCAGAGUUGUAGUCUUUUACAUAAUUUGAAAUUUGAGGCUUUAGAUUUAUAUUCCUGAAAUAGGAGUGAUUUUAGGUACAAGAAUGGACAAAGAUUCGUCCCCUGCUUGGAAAUGGAGAAAGUUAGCUUAUGGAGGUAUGCAACCAGGAUUUGAUGACAACUAUACCGGUGACUCCUUUCUUGAGGACAUGGUUACAAAUGCUAAUGUUGUCAAGAGGGACUUAUGUAAGGUGAUCCUAGAUUCAGUGUCCAUCUCUCAGUAUCUUUGCACUGUCAUCCUUGUGGUGUUGGUCUGGACCUACACUCUUGCCUCAACUAUUAGUUUUAAAUCCCUCUUGCUUCUUGAUAUAACUCUGCUAAUUUCAGGCUUUAUAGUCCUUUUUUUAACUGCGAGGAUGAUUUCCCUCAAACUCUUUGCCCAAUAUAUUCUUAACAUUUUGUAUUUCAUAAUUGGGUUGUAUGCCUUGUCUCCAAUUUACCACACUUUGACAAGGUCCAUUAGCUCAGACUCCAUUUGGGCUCUAACGACUAUGCUUAUUGUCCUCCAUCUCUUUUUGCAUGACUACACUGGGUGCACUGUUAAGGCUCCUGGUUCUCUGACAAAUCCUACUAUAAGUAGCAAUAUCUCUUUGAACACUUCUAUCAUUGCUUCGGUUUUGAUUGCUUCCCAACUCCAAUCGAGGCAACUUGUUUUUGCUAUUGUGUUAUUUUCCUUGCAAGUUUUCCUCUUCGCUCCUUUUGUUGCGUUUUGUAUCAAGAAAUACUCAUUCUGGUUGUAUCUCUGGCUUUCACUGGGAGUGGUGGGACUCACUUUGGCACUAGUUUAUAGACUGCAAGGGUUUCUCUUCGUCAUACUUUUGGGUUUGCUGGUUUUUAUCACUUUCAUCUGUCCUUAUUGGCUUACCAGAAUUCAAAAAUACAAGUUUGAAAUUAAUGGUCCCUGGGAUGAGGCCAAGCUCUGUUUUGAUAUAACUGAAUGAGAUUUGGAGCAGUCUUCCAUAGUGUAUAAUUUGGACAAUGAUUAUGAAAUCUCUUUGAACUUGUUCUGCGUCAACUGUGAAGUUGUAGUUGUAUCUCUAGUCAGAGGCGCCUGUGCCAACCACCUCUCCUUCUGUGCUGUUGCUAUUCUCGGAAACUGACGCAAAAACCAUGGGUUCAUUAGCUCGUGUUGAUGAAAGAUUAUCUGCAUCAUUGAUGAGAAUUGCUCCACUUGAGACUUGAGCACUUGGUCACUUUCAGCUGCCUAGAGGCUACAAAAAUGGGGAGGGAGAUUCGAUCCUGAAACCUAUUGUACACAGACCAUCAGUCUUAACCACUAGUCCAAGACUUCAUUUGUCACUGGUAUAGAGUGAUCAUUGUGGUUGUAUAAUAUUAUUAUCUAUCUUAUUUUUUUGAGGGGAUUAUUUUAUAUCUUAAUACAUCUAUAUAUAAAUUACAGUUCGUAUAAGUGUAAAUGUAGUGUCUGAAAUUGUUUUGUAUAUUUGAUUCUUCUGAAUUUUAACUUAAACUUUACAGAAUCA